AUGUUAACGAAAUUAUUUUGGUGUCAUUUUGUCUUAGUUGCAUUUCUUAGUUUCGAAGUAUUCGGGCAAGAAUGUAGAAUUGAUUUCAAAAAGGAUUUAACAUCAAAAUCUCCAGUUUUUCUUAAGAAUGGUAAAUUACAAACGCCAUUAGGACAAUAUUUAAAAUGGAAUACCGGUGAAGAAUCCAAUUUGGUUUGUAAUGGACCAAAGAAUUUAUUUAUAAAUGAAAAUAUCAAUACUGUUAGAAUUAAAUGUAAUAACAAUAUUUUAACUGUGAAUGGUAGAAGAGUUGAUCUAAAGAAAUUGGAAUGCAAUUCAAUAAGUACCGGUGAUGUUAGAACAACCAACAAAAAAUGUGAAGCCAAUGGAAAUAUUCUAGAAAUUGGAUUUGAUACACAAAAUGACGGAUUCGUAAAAUACAUUGAAGUUUGUUAUAAUUUGAAAUCAGCAUCGGUAGUUUAUACUCGACAUACAAUACCAGGAGCUGCCAUUGACUAUAGUAUUUCAGAAAGUGCACGUCCUACAUUUAGUACAAAAGGUAUGCCAAAACAUGUUCGACCGAAUACAUCUUAUAAACAAAGCAACGAAUUGGAACGCUUAACAAAUUUAUUGGGCGCGAGAUCAGCAAAAGGUUAUAUCAAGCCAAACUCUUUCCUAGCAAGAGGUCAUUUGUCACCAGAUAAAGAUGGAAUUUUUAGAGGUUGGCAAUUUGCAACCUAUAUGUAUGUAAAUGUUGCACCACAAUGGCAGACAAUUAAUGCUAUAAAUUGGUUAAAAGUAGAAAAUUUAGCUAGAAAAAAAGCUGCUUUACUAAAUGAUAAUUUAGAGAUUGUGACAGGAGUUUCAGGAUUGUUAUCUUUACAAAAUGAUCGAGGUCAAUAUGUACAGAUUACAUUGGAGAAUGAUGGAAAUAUUCGUGUACCAGAAUAUUUUUGGAAAAUUUUAAAAUAUAAAAAUUCAGCAAUAGCUUUUGUGACAUUAAAUAAUCCAUUCGAAUAUACGAAACCAUUCUGUACAGAUAUUUGCGGAAAAUAUGGCUGGCCAACAAGUGAUUUUGAUAUUGUUGAAAAAGGUUUAACGUUCUGUUGUAGUACAAUUGAAUUAAGCAAUGCUUUUCGAAGUGACGUGCCAAAAGAUAUGAUUACUAAGAGUAUUUUAAAAUUUUAAAAUAUUGAAAAAUAAAUAAAAAUCUCGUAGUGCUUAUUACAAAAUAUUUACUAUUCUAAUAGUAGCAUAAAUUUUAACAAUUAAUGAUGUUGGAAAGUGCAUGUGAAAGUUUAUAAUUUGAUCGACAAGUAAGCAAUUAUUAAACAAUAAAAUUUAUGUUUGAAUUUAUUGUUUUAUGAAAUAUUGUGUCUAGACUUUUACUUUCAUACCAACACAAUACUAUAAUGCAAAUCAAGAAAUACAAAAAUAUUGUACAUUUUCUCGGACAUAUGAAAUACUAAUAAGAGUGAAUUUAUAAGCAUUUCACCAACAAUUCAACUAUAGGAAUUUUAGUGACGCCACGUUUGCUCUCACAAAAAUUAUUAUUCGCAUAUAUUAUUCUAUACAACAUUGAUUUACUAUUUUACGACA